GCGGCCCCGGCGGGCACCCCUCCGAGGGCGGUCGAGGAAGCUCCCGGAGGAGGAGGAGGAGGAGGUGGUGGAGGAGGUGGGGGCCUGCGGUGGCCGCGGGACCGGCUUGGCGCCUCGGCCUCUCCGCCCCCUCCCCAGCUUUUCUUUCGCCCUCUUCUCUCCCGCCCCGGGCCGGCGCCUCGGCUUUGUGCGAGGAGAUGGUGUAGCCCCGCGGCCGCCCGAAAGAGGAGCUGGACACUUGUCUCCCGGCCCCGAGCGGCGUCCCCGCCCCUGGAGGAGAGACCCCCUUCGUCUCGGCGCCUCCUGCGUCUCCCGGCUGCUGGGGAAGCCUCGGUGCGGCCGGCACCAUGAGUGAACAGAGUAUCUGUCAGGCAAGAGCUGCUGUGAUGGUUUACGAUGAUGCCAAUAAAAAGUGGGUGCCAGCUGGUGGCUCAACUGGGUUCAGCAGAGUUCAUAUAUAUCACCAUACUGGCAACAACACAUUCAGAGUGGUGGGCAGGAAGAUUCAGGACCAUCAGGUCGUGAUAAAUUGUGCCAUUCCUAAAGGGUUGAAGUACAAUCAAGCUACACAGACCUUCCACCAAUGGCGGGAUGCUAGACAGGUGUAUGGUCUCAACUUUGGCAGCAAAGAAGAUGCCAAUGUCUUCGCAAGUGCCAUGAUGCAUGCCUUAGAAGUGUUAAAUUCACAGGAAACAGCCCAGAGCAAGGUUACUGCUACCCAGGACAGCACUAAUUUGCGAUGUAUUUUCUGUGGGCCAACAUUGCCUAGACAAAAUUCACAACUACCUGCCCAAGUCCAGAAUGGCCCAUCACAAGAAGAAUUGGAAAUUCAGAGAAGGCAACUACAAGAACAGCAACGACAAAAGGAGCUGGAGCGGGAAAGGCUGGAGAGAGAAAGAAUGGAAAGGGAGAGAUUGGAGAGGGAGAGGUUAGAAAGGGAAAGGCUGGAGAGGGAGCGACUCGAACAGGAGCAGCUGGAGAGAGAGAGACAAGAAAGGGAACGUCAGGAUCGCCUGGAGCGCGAGAGACUGGAGCGCGAGAGACUGGAGAGACUGGACCGGGAAAGGCAAGAAAGAGAGCGACAAGAGCAGCUGGAAAGGGAGCAGUUGGAAUGGGAGCGAGAACGAAGAAUAUCAAAUGCCGCUCCAUCUUCCGACAGCUCCCUGUAUAAUGCUCCACUUCCUGAGUAUGCCAGUUGCCAGCCUCCUUCAGCACCUCCUCCAUCAUACGCUAAAGUCAUCUCAGCUCCAGUGUCAGAUGCCACUCCUGAUUACGCUGUAGUGACCGCUUUGCCACCUACUUCCACACCCCCUACACCACCACUUCGACACUCCGCGACACGUUUUGCAACAUCUUUAGGUUCAGCCUUCCACCCUGUUCUUCCCCACUAUGCUACAGUUCCUCGUCCUCUGAACAAAAACUCUCGACCUUCUUCUCCUGUGAACACACCCUCUUCUCAGCCUCCAGCUACGAAGCCCUGUGCCUGGUCUGCUUCCAAUUUUUCGCCCCUCCCUCCAUCUCCUCCAGUAAUGAUUAGCAGCCCCCCAGGCAAAGCUACUGGUCCAAGGCCCGUCCUCCCUGUUUGUGUUUCUUCUCCUGUGCCCCAAAUGCCUCCAUCACCAACAGCACCCAAUGGGCUGCUUGACUCUGUCACAUACCCAGUGUCCCCACCGCCUACCUCAGGGCCAGCAGCGCCGCCGCCGCCGCCUCCGCUGCCUUCCCUCGCACCACUCUCACACUGUGGAUCUCAAGCUUCUCCUCCUCCAAGCACCCCUGUUGCCUCAACUCCCUCAUCCAAGCCUAGUGUUCUCCCUUCUCCCUCUGCAGCUGCCCCUGCCUCUGUGGAGACUCCUCUAAACUCUGUGCUGGGAGACUCCUCUGCUUCUGAGCCAGGCUUGCAGGCAGCCUCUCAGCCGGCCGAGACUCCAGCCCCACAGGGCAUUGUCUUGGGACCACCUGCACCUCCACCCCCUCCUCCACUCCCACCAGGUCCUGCGCAGGCUUCAGCUGUGCUCCCUCCUCCCCCAGGACCCCCUCCACCCCCUCCACUUCCAUCCUCAGGGCCUCCACCUCCGCCUCCUCCACCACCUCUUCCUAAUCAAGUACCCCCCCCUCCUCCACCGCCUCCUGCUCCCCCUCUCCCUGCAUCUGGAUUUUUUUCCGGAUCCAUGACUGAAGACAAUCGCCCUUUAACUGGACUCGCAGCUGCAAUUGCUGGAGCAAAACUUAGGAAAGUGUCACGGAUGGAGGAUGCCUCAUUCCCAGGCGGAGGGAACACCAUUGGUGUGAAUUCGGCCUCAUCUAAAACAGAUACGGGUCGUGGAAAUGGACCCCUUCCUUUAGGGGGUAGUGGUUUAAUGGAGGAAAUGAGUGCCCUGCUGGCCAGGAGGAGAAGAAUUGCUGAAAAGGGAUCAACAAUAGAAACAGAACAAAAAGAAGACAAAAAUGAAGAUUCAGAGCCUGUAACUUCCAAGGCCUCUUCAACAAGUACACCUGAACCGACAAGAAAACCUUGGGAAAGAACAAACACAAUGAAUGGCAGCAAGUCACCUGUUAUUUCCAGACGGGAUUCUCCAAGGAAAAAUCAGAUUGUUUUUGACAACAGGUCCUAUGAUUCAUUACACAGACCAAAAUCUGCACCCUCAUCACAGCCCAAUGCCAAUGGAGUCCAGACGGAGGGACUGGACUAUGACAGGCUGAAGCAGGACAUUUUAGAUGAAAUGAGAAAAGAAUUAACAAAGCUAAAAGAAGAGCUCAUUGAUGCAAUCAGGCAGGAACUGAGCAAGUCAAAUACUGCAUAGAGAAACAAACUAAGGAGAGAUAGGACUUUAAUCUGGAGAAAGGAAAAAAAAAAACCUGCAAAGAACAACUGUUAACAACAAAACCCCUACAUUUUGUGAGCUGUAAGAAGAAAAUGGAGACAAACAGUCGGAAGGAGGGAAAACUCAACAUACUUUGAAAGCCUUCAGACAUUACUACUCUGGCGAUAAGCUAUUUCCCUCCCAGUUUGCUGCUUUUUUCUGACCUUUACAACAGGAUGGAAGAGUCGUAAAAGAGUUCCUGGAACAGUUAUGCAGAAAAUGCUAAACCCGUCAGGCAGGAUCACCGUGCAUUGAAAUAUUUUCAUGUCAAGAUUAAAUGGCACAUUUUCCGCAAUCCAUUGCUAAAAUAAAGAGGAGAAAGGCUUAAGAAGUUUUUUUCAGAGAAUGCUGAUGAAGAAUUUAGCAAGUUACACUAUUGUAUUGUAAAUGUUUCUCUCAGGUUUGUCUUCCUAUCAUAUUUGAUAUUCCAUGAAUAAUCGCGAUCAGCCCUAUGUAAGUUAAGAUUUUAAAAUGUGGAACAAAUGGAAUUGUAUGUGCUUUCAGAGGGUGAUAUUUAUAAGAAAGUGUCCUAAAAAUAAUUUGUCCAGCUUGAGGAAUUUGAGAAUGAUAGGAAGUCUCUCGAGGUAGCCUUCAUGCAAUUUUGUAGAUUCAAACAUAAAAUUCGUCCAGAAUUUAAAGAUUUAGAUGCCUUCCUAAAUUGUUACAAUGCUUUACCAAAUCUAUAACUCCUACAUAACACAAACCAGUGGUCAAAUGUAAAACAGUAUAUUGUAGAUUUACUGUAGGUUUUCAACCUUUUUUAGAUUUAUGCAUGUGGACAUUUUUAUAAUGUAAUUACAAUCACCACAAAAUUAGCUUUUUUAAUUGCAGGCAGUAAUGCAUGUCAGACUAAUACGUAGUGGCCUUUUCGAGGCCUAGUCCCAGGGAAAACAUUUUGUAGAGUGUAGGGGAGUGGGAGGAAGGGAAGGAAUAAUUUUUUAUUUAAAGUUAAUUUCUGCACUAUCUUUUUUCUCAAUUAUCUGCAUGACUAAUAAUGAGGAAUAUUUUGUGACUUUCAUUGGUAAGUAUGUUAACAGAACCAAGUACUUAAUCUUUUACAUCAUGUCUUCAGCUAUUUGUAUUUUAACUUCCGUAACUUCAAUGGUCUGAAACAUGAUUCUGAGCUUCACAUGAAUUACAUCUUACUGUGGAACUCACAAGGUCGAUCCCUGAAUCUGGCAGUUACUAUUGCCUGGGUGCCCUGCAGUUCGACAGGUGUGCAGGCACACGUUCCUGACCACGAAGCCGCUUUUGAAUUUUGUUAUGUUGGGCUCCUGGAAGGUAACAAUGAUGGCAGCAGUUAAGGUCACAGAAACCAUUGAGUGAAGGGAAAACAACAAGGGGUCCUGCAUAAUUUUCUUUUAAUAAGUAAAGUGAGACUUAGGUGGUGGGAAGAAGGCAUUAGACACUCUACUUACCACCGUGUGUGUGUAUGUUCACGUGUGUGCGCGUGUGUGUUUGUGUGUAUGUAAUCCGCUCCUUUUUCUUUGAAACACGUUGAGAUUAAAAUAGGGGAGAAAUCCUAUAUGUUGCAAUGAUAGAAUUUUUUGAAAAUUUAGGAAAUCAAAAAUUCUCCAGACUCUCCAUCUUGAUUUAUGCUUGAGUUGUUAUGUGCCAUAUUUGCUUUGAAAUCUUUGAUUAUCAGAAGUUUUACUAAAAUUUUGAAGAAAUAAUCCAUUUUCAUCUGCUUUCUAGAUUUCUUAGUCAGUUCAUAAGACAGAGCUUGUUGAUAGCAUAGUUUUCUAAAUGCUGCAAGUCUGCAGCCAUUACCACUUCAAAGAGGUUUGAAUGAGGGACUUUUUUUUUUCCUUGUUAAAAUAGUUCCUGUUUCUGUAGAAACUUCAUUUUUAGAUUAAUCUGUGAUGGAUGAGCUGUAAGUCAAGUAUAUAGUUCUUUUUUCUAUCAACUAUUCAUUGUCAUGCAAUAGUAAAGGCAUUAAGGAUGCAACAAGCUUGUAAAGUACUAUUUUCUAAAAGAAAUAGGAGGCAUUUUCAUCUUUAUUAUUGUACUUUUGGUUAUGCAAACACUUUGAUAUAAACGUUUAUGUCCCCCAUAAAACUAGUCAGAAAUCACUUUUCACUUUGUUGACUAAGUUAAACAGUCUAUAGUAGGGUAGAAUACUGGGUACAAGUGGUCCAAAGUAAGUAAAAGACUACGAUAAAAAUGCUAGAUCUUAAAAAGAAGCUGGUUUAUGCACUAAACGUUUUGUGCCUUGGUCUAAUAUUAACAUGAUGUCUGUAAAAUGACAAAAAGAACCAGUGUUGAACCAUGUUAUAUUUCCCAUCAUUCUGCAUUAUCCCAAAUUGCUAAGUGUAUUCUUUCCAGGAAGUUUGAUUGAAUUACUAUACAUUUACUGCCAUGUGUGACAGUUUUGUCAUUGUUAGAGAUUUCAGUAAUUAAAAUGGGAAACAGAAGCUUAAGUUAUUUUCCUUAUCAAAACUGUGUUCCUUGGAACCACGUUAUUAUGAUGGUUUUCGUGCUCUUGUACAUCGGAUGUCUUAAGCUGAGUGCAGUUUAGGAGAUCCUUUCUAAUUACAGGAAGGUACUUCUUUCCUUCAACACUGUGAUCUGACCUGUGACAAAUCUGUACUAUACACUAUGUAAAUGGCUAACAAGUCAAUUGCAAACCAACUGAAUGUACAAAUCUUAGUGCUGGUGCUGAAAUCUCUUCAGAAUAGUCAUCAUGAUCUCAAAGUUUGUUUCAAAAUUUGCAAGCAUCAAGUGUCAAUCAGAACUGAAGAUGAAACACUAAUGAAUGUUGAAUUCUCAUGCUUUAGGUGUACUUCUUUUUAGAUAUUUUGGUUCUCUGCUAUUUUUACCAUACUGUUUCAUUUAAAUUUCCUACACGCUAACUUCGUUUGUGCGAUUGAAAUAAAAUUGCAGUAUAUACAUGUUGCUUGUUUGUGACACUUAGAUAAUCUUCUGACAUAGUCUGUUGGUUCUAAAAUAAGUUGUAUUGAAUGUGAAAAACACUUCUUAAAGUCCAUGACUUCACUAUUUAAAGUUUACGUAUCACAACGCUAUUCUUUAAAGGUUCCAUAAGUCAUAAAUACUCAGUAAUGUAUACAAAGGGAAUAUGUGAUAAUGUAUCUACUUUUUGCUUGAAAUAAGUGUUGGGUGUUUCCUACUUGUUUUUAUUUUCUCUCAGCCCAGCUUGGUACAGUGUCUUACAGUCAAGAGAAUGAUAAAUGUUUGAAUUCACUCCAUCUUGUUCUACAACGUAGAUACUUAAACUCAUUUAUGCAGUUAAAAUUUUCCUUUAUGUAGUUUGCAGCGUAAAGGACAUUGUCUGGUAAAAGGCCUAAUCAAGUGCUGAAUUUUAGAUAUAGUGAAUUCCGUAUGGAUAGUGUUUGUUUAUACAGUAUGCUGAUUUCUUGAUAACUACAUAUAAGCAGCAGUACUUUUUAUCUGACUCUUAUGAGGUAUUAAUUUUGAGUUUCUUUUUAGAAGUCUAACAUCUUUAUUAGAAGUACAACACUCUCUUUUUUCUUCUACCAGACCCCGACUCUCCCCUCCCUCAUCCUGUCCACUUCUCGUGGACCCGGUGUUCCCACCAUUCACUUACAUUUGCAGCUGUUCAUUACCCAGUCCACGGGUGUAGACAUAUCAGCUGAUUUGUUCUCUCUGUCCCAUCUCAGGAUCCUGCUUCCCUUCAUGCAUAAAUCAGAAUGUUUGUCUACAAACUAAAAGUCUCUUCCCAUUCAGAAAUGAAUUAACAAAUGGUAACCUCUAAAAUUUGCCUAGCUACAACUUUGUGUCCUGCGUUUGUAUAUACUUUCAGUGCCAUUGUGAAGAAUUGGCCUUUAAAUUCUAAGUCAUAUGUUACCCUUUGAAGCACAGUUUACAAAGGUAUGCUACAGGAUCUCUGUCAUUUCUUUCUGUAGCCAUCAUAGCUUUAUAACCCUAUUACCCUGUAAAUUCUGUGGAUUAUAAGCAUAAAAAUGACACCACGUAAAGCAUACUGUAUGAAAGAACCGUCUAGGAGCUCCUAAUUCCUUUAUGAAGCUAUUACAUAAUCUACUCUCCUAAAGACAUUUACUCCAGCAUUCACAUUAAAACUCCAAACCUGUUCCUGGUAGUAUCAUUUUUGCUUUUAAUAGAAGGAUGAAUUCCUAUCUGUGUAUCUCCUCAAAGCUAAGAGCUUAUUGAAAUUACUGAUGUUUGAUACCUCUGACUUUUCACUGGAAAGCCAUUUAAUAUUUAGAUUUAGAUGCUUCUGAAGUACGUAUAAGGAAACUUGUCAAUCUGGGGGAAUAGAAUUGUCCCAGGUCCCUUUGGCUACAUGAAGACACAGUCAAGACCAUUUACUCUUAAGAGUAGUUUUCUCUUGAAUAUAAGCACAUUUGACUAAGUAGCUAAAGUUGGUAACCGCUCAAGAAAGGACAUUUAUAUAAAGCCAAGUGCUGUUGGAGGUCUGGAGUGCAGAUUUUCUGUUUGUUCCCUUUAUGUGGUCUCUAGAUAAUUUUUGAGACUCAAGGGUUUUUUUUCUAUGUAUUCAUAAUACUGAGAAAGUGAAGCCUUCAAAUUUUUUAAAAGUCUAAAAUUGAUUAUAAAAGAAAGGAAAAUAUUACUACAGUAAAUUUAGGAAUUGUUAGGGAUAUUCAGCACCAACAUAAAUGGAGGUCUUGGAUAUACUUUGUUGAAUACCAAUGUGAAGUCACCAAAGAGGCAAAUUGAAUCUUUCAGUAAGGAGGUGUAUUUGAAAGUCCCUAAUGUAUGAACUAUGUAAAUUUAUCUGUGUCUCUCUAAAUAGUUUUUGUUUAAGUAACAGUGCCUGUGAGAAGGUAAAUAAAUGAUUAGUCGUAAUGACUUAGGAUGUUAAAAGAAUUACUGCCACGUUUAUUGGUUAUGUUUGUUAGGUCUGAAGAAAUCGAUACAUGUGAAGAUCAAGAAAGAAAAAAAGGGCUUCUUUCAAUUAUUAUAGAUGUUGUUGCACAUAAUGUGAACUGAAAUGUUAGUAUCAUUUAAGGCAUGGAGUUGGCCUCAAAUACUUGCUGAUUAAUUUAACGUAUGGAGUAAGUAUAGCUGAAACUCAGUUAAGUGUUUGAGCCAAGAGAUCACAGUCACUGAGCUGUACCCCACUUCUCUGAAGCAUGUUGAAUACUUAGAAAUUGAGCAGAGAACAGCCUCUGGAAGCUUCUGGUAUAGGACCAUAGGAUUCCUGGGUAGAGGGGGGAAAUCAGGGCCUCGGGAGGCAAUGAGGGUCAGGGGAGUAAACGUACCAUCUGAAAAGUGCUCCUUUUACGUCACUUUUAAAAGGCAUAUAACUCCUAGCAGUUGGACAACCCAAAUAUGCCAGUGAACUGGUCACUAAAUUCAACCUUUUCUCAGCUGUGUUCUGAGAAAAUACAGCCUUCCAUUUUAAUAAAAAUUACUUUAAAAGCUUAAAUAUUUCAUCAGAGGACUUAAGUUUGCACUUAUUCCAUAAAUAGAAAAUCUGUAUACAAAUGACAGCCUUAGUUUACCGUGAGUUUGAUUUAACUUCAGUAAAUGGUUAUUCCUCCAAGAAGACUUAGAAUAUGUAUGUAUUUUUAAAUAGUGUGCAGUUGGUCCUUUGGAUUAUGCAGAAAAUGGCACUUGGAAAAUUCACACUGAAUAAAUUUACAUUGAUAGUUGUUUACAUUGAGGGAUAUUAAAUUCUCCAUCAAGUCCCAAAGUUUCCAUUCAAAUCUAGGAACAGAAAAUAGUUCUUGGCUUACACUUAAAAUAUAAACUGUUUUAACCAUACAAAAGAAAUGUGCCACAGAAGGAUUUUAAAGAUGUGGUUCUUAAAAUUUCUAAUGUUUCAUGCCCUUAGUCACAUCUAUGGAGCCUUAGUCUGAGUCCAUUUUUUAAAGAUUAAAGGCAUUUUAAGAGAUGUUUUUUCAAUAUGCUUCAUUUAAAUUUUAGUUGAGAAAUAACAAUUUAGGAUUUUUAUUGUCAUUAACCAAGUUGAACUUGGUUUGUUCUGCCUGCCAUGGCAUUAGGUGUUUUAAAUAUCUUAGGAUUUCCCUAGAUGCUGGAACUUUCAAGUCUGAGGUUGGUCCAUUCUUGAUGGUAGACUAACUUAGCAUUGUAAUCACAGCCCCGUCUGACUGCCACCCAGUGCUGGUGGUUAGGCAAGUGGAAGCCGGGUGUGAUGAAUGUUACGUAGACCUCAGUACUGUACCUUGAAAGUGGUAGGCACUUGACUUUGUCACUAAAAUUUCCUGGGAGAAUCAUUUCCCCCUGAGAAAAGUAUUGGGAGGGUUUAGAUAUUCAGAAGAAAGGCACAUUAAAAGUCUGGCUUCAUUUUCUUUCUACUUACUAUUACCAAAGGGAUGGGAGUUUCAGGUGAGCUAGGAAUUUACAAUUUGGUUUACCACAGAUACCUCAUGAUAGAUUUCAGUUGCUACCAUUGAAUUCGGGGGGACAAAGUAGACUUGUUUCUGAAAGUAAACAUUGUUAAAAGAUUCUUAUUUAAUCCACUUCUUCACCCCUUUCUUGGACUGGACACUUUGUGUUCCUCCUCCUGCUUUGCUGUCACAUUCCUCCCUUUGUGGGAAGUGGACCAGCCGUUGGGCUGGGCUCCAGCCAUCUUAGGCUUCACCAGUUGUCCAACUGUGAGGCAUCCUCCCCGGGCGGGGGUCCCUGAGGUUGCUCCUGCCUCUAACACCAGCUCUGCGUUUCAUCAUCCAGUGUGUACUCUGCAGCCACUGGUCUGCUUUAUCUCUUCAUUCUGGAUCCAAGAGAAGGAGAAGAGGGCCUGAGUUUUGCUCUCUCAUCGUAAGUGCAGCUUUUAAUUGUUUCAAAAUCUUAGACCCUAUUCACUGAAAAACAUGCAGCCUGGGUGUGAAUAAUAAGGAAAUACUGAUGAAAUGACAAUUUUGAGGUUAGUGGUGCCGUGUGCCAUCUUGGUGCUGUGUUGCGCUGCUGCUCCAGUGUCCUCUCUGCUCCUUCGUGAGCUUUCACAGAGCGAGUCCCUAGUGUCUGCGUGUCUGCAUUGUCCUAUCCAUGGCCCUCCACCUGGACACACACGCCUCCUGCCAUCCCGACAGACCAAUUGUAAUAACAUGGUGGGAUCACGUGAGACCUGGGACCCAUGCUCCCGUUACAAUGUGUUAGUGUCAAAGUCCUUUUGACUCUUCCUGGUCCAGGAGCUGUUUUUAAGCAAACACUCUGCAGAGCUGGAUGGAGGGAAGCAGCCCUUCUUUAUUGCCUGGGGAAGAAAAGCAGUUCUCAUGUCCCCUCAGCCUGCUGUGCUGUGGUUCUUUCUAUCUCUGCCAUCUUGGGAGGAAUAGGAGCAAUAAUGCCCUCCUGUCUCUGCCCUUCUUACUAUAUACACGUGUACAAGCUGUCAUCCCUUCCCAGUUCCUUGUUUUAAUCCAAAAGACAGCGAUUUCUUGCCAGACCAGGUGACUCGCACCAUCUGAGUGAAUGUUGCUCUUGGUGCUUGCUUGACCUUAAGGAAAAGAUAAUUGGCACGAAGUCAGAGGCUGCAUGGGAAGGUCUGGGCUUAGGAUGAGUCCUGUUUUGCAGACGUUCUUUGCCUUCUGUUCUUGGCGGGCAUGUAUGUGUUUUGGAAGUCACAUUUGUUAGCAGUAAGACACGCUUCUCAUUAUGUGUGUUUUCUUUUUUCUUUUUUGGGAAAGUGAAGUGUUUCUAACAAGUGAAUGAGCUAGGAAGAAGAUUCUAUCUUGAGACAUCUGUAGUUGAUGCAGAAUAUUUCAGGACUCAAUUACAGUAUUUACACAUUUUCAUAGAAGUUCUUUUUUUGGUUUGCUUGAUAAGACUGAAUGAGGACGCGUCCCUGCAGUCUGUAAGUAUAGCCACACUGCGGGUCCCUGGUCUGCAGCUGGGGAGGGAGUGGGUGCCUGAGGGUUAGCGUCUGCGUUGGGGCCGAGCAGAACAGCAGGCAGAGGUCGACCCAGGUAAGAUCUAGUUCAAAGUUUCCUGUUUGCCUCUCCUCUCAGAGGCAUUUCCAAAACCUUUUACUUGACCUGAGCCAAAACCAGUUCCAUUGUGCUUUCUGCUGGCCCUAGGGAGUUUGGCUUGAGCAUAUGAGUGAAUGACUGGAAAGCUUUUUUUGUUGCUUUUUGUCUUGUUUUUGAGAAGUUGGGGAGUGGGCGAUGAACCUUUCUGGUUGGAGGACAAUAUACACUGUUUCCAUUAUGAGAUUUAGAAUGUUAAAUACAUUUUCCUUUUCAGACCUACCAGGUUGCUAGGCCAGCGGCAUCCAGUAGAAAAGCCCAGUUGGUAAAAUUUCAAGGUGAAUUUCUUAUGGUCCAAAUGGGUUAGUCCCCCAUGUUACCUUGCUUUGCUACAUAAAUUUAAAACUAGAAAUGUGCAUUUAUGUCCUUAAAAGAUGAUGCAGAGUUAUUUUUUUUUGCUAAAGAUGUGACCACAAGCAGCCCAUGAAUGUAGGGCUUUAAAAUCUGAGUGAGCCUCUUAGGGUAGUAUGGACUGAAGUAAUGUUUUAAAAGUUAAGGUUGACUUAAACAUAUCCAAGUCCAUAUUUUAAUAAGAAUUAGCAACGAUAUAAUGUGCAUACAGAACCUCAUAUAUCUUAUCUCAUGGAAUUUCUGAGUUACUGGCCUUGCUGAAUUUCUGGAGUAAAGGAAUCUGGUAGCAACUUGUUUCAAAGCAACAGACUGCAAAUUGCUGCUUGACUCAAACCAUUUGUAAACCCAAAUGAAAGGGGAUCUUCUUGUUAGGAAACAUUACCUUCCAAGCUUGGCAUCUACCUUUAAGAAGGGGAAGUGGAAGAGAGGGUGAGACACCAAACCAAAAUAGUUGGCAGGGUGGUGGGAUUAGGCAGCACCUGGGUUUUGCACCAAAGUUUCAAAUAUAAAUAGAUAAAAAGGAAGACCACUUGCAAGACAGCUUAGGAAGGACUUGCCAGAAAGUAGCAGCUCCCGCUGCGCAAUACAGUGCCUUCAAAAUGAUUCUCUGUGUGAAUUGCAUGCAAUUUCAUGUAACCAUAAAAUGUAACCUGUAUGUGCAUGACAUGUGUCUACAAUGUGUAAAGUUAAGUUCAGCAGAAAAGGGGCAUGGCCCUGUCACUGAUGGAUCAGCGAGCCUGCUGAAAGUCCUUGGACUUAAAGUGACCUCAGUCUGCCGCAUCAGAGCCCUGUGUUCGCAUUAAGCAACCAUAUUGUUGAAAUCGGAUCCAUUUCUCUCUCUACUUUCUCUCCUACUUUGCAGCUUUGCUGGUUUUAACUGCUUCUCUAUUCUGCUUCUUGGUAUCCUUUCUUGUUUUGAAAUAAAAAGAUGAAAUACUUAA